CCAUCCUCCUCUCCUCCCUCUCCUUCUCCUGGCCGGUGCCGCCGUCACUCUGAAGCCGGGAGCUGACGGGAGGUUAGAGGCCGCUGGGGAUCUGUAUCUUUUUUCGGGCGGUGCACCACAAAUAGACGGGAUCCGUGGCAGAGCAGCCGGACAGCGCGUGGAAGAUGGAACAAUUAUCUGAUGAAGAACUUGAUCAUGGGGCGGAGGAAGACAGUGAUAAAGAGGACCAGGAUCUGGAUAAGAUGUUUGGAGCUUGGCUGGGCGAGCUGGACAAACUCACCCAGAGUAUGGAUACAGAAAAGAUUGAAGAGCCAGUCAAGAGAUCUCCUUUGCGCCAAGAAACCAAUCUCGCUAACUUCUCCUAUCGCUUCUCCAUGUAUAACUUGAAUGAAGCUUUGAAUCAAGGUGAGACAGUGGAUCUGGAUGCUCUUAUGGCUGACCUCUGCUCAAUUGAGCAGGAAUUAAGUAGCAUUGGGACACAUUCCUCCAAGAAUACACUCAAGCCUCAUGAAAGGAAAACUUUUCAGAAGCCACCUGCGAGUCGAUUGAGCUCAAAGCAGAGCAGCUUAAAGGGACUGCAUUCUUCAUCAGGGAGAAUGUCCAAGCCCGCUCAUGCCAACUUCUCCUUGGAUGACAUCACUGCACAACUAGAACAAGCAUCUCUUAGUAUGGAUGAGGCAGCCCGGCAGACCAUUGUAGAAGAUAGCAAACCUGUAGUAACUGUACACCACCGGAGGACCGCAUCAGCAGGAACCGUGAGUGAUAGCGAUAUCCGAUCUGUCAGCAAUUCUUCACGUUCCAGUAUCACAUCUGCAGCUUCCAGUAUGGAUUCCCUGGACAUUGACAAAAUGACAAGACCACAAGAACUGGAGAUUCUGUCACAAGUACCACCAAUAUCUGAGCACUCCUAUCUGGACAGGGAGACCUCACUCCUACUCAGAAACAUUGCAGGGAAGCCCUCUCACUUGCUGACUAAGGAGGAACAAGCUGCUAAGAUUAAGGCAGAAAAGAUCAGAGUAGCCCUAGAAAAGAUAAAAGAAGCUCAGGUUAAGAAGCUGGUGAUCAGAGUCCAUAUGUCUGAUGACAGCUCCAAGACGAUGAUGGUGGAUGAGAGGCAAACGGUACGACAGGUGCUUGACAACUUGAUGGACAAGUCACAUUGUGGGUACAGCCUGGACUGGUCGCUGGUUGAGACCAUUUCUGAACUUCAGAUGGAACGCAUUUUUGAAGACCAUGAAAAUCUGGUUGAGAACCUUUUAAACUGGACCCGGGACAGUCAGAACAAACUCAUGUUUGUGGAACGUAUUGAAAAAUAUGCACUUUUUAAAAAUCCACAGAACUACCUUCUAGGAAGGAAAGAGACUUCGGAGAUGGCAGACAGAAAUAAAGAGGUUUUAUUAGAGGAAUGUUUCUGUGGUAGUUCAGUAACCGUGCCAGAAAUAGAGGGAAUUCUGUGGCUGAAGGAUGAUGGGAAAAAAUCUUGGAAGAAGAGAUAUUUCCUUCUGAGGGCUUCUGGUAUCUAUUAUGUUCCUAAAGGGAAGGCUAAGGCAUCAAGGGACCUUGUCUGUUUCCUUCAACUGGAUCACGUUAAUGUUUACUAUGGUCAGGAUUACCGCAGUAAAUACAAAGCACCUACUGACUACUGCCUUGUGCUAAAGCACCCUCAAAUCCAAAAAAAGUCUCAGUAUAUCAAGUACCUGUGUUGUGAUGAUGUCCGAACAUUGCACCAAUGGGUUAAUGGGAUCCGCAUUGCCAAGUAUGGCAAGCAACUAUAUGGUAAUUAUCAAGAGGCGCUGAAAAGGACAGAGGCAGCUUACGACUGGACAUCUUUAUCCGGUUCCAGCAUGAAGUCUGGUUCCAGUUCAUCCAGUUUACCAGAAUCCCAGUCAAACCAUUCCAACCAGUCAGACAGCAGUGUUUCUGAUACCCAGGCCUCUUGCCAUGUGCGUUCUCAAAGCAUUGUGAGCUCCAUCUUCUCUGAAGCCUGGAAGAGAGGAACGCAGCUGGAGGAAUCCAGCAAGGCUCGGAUGGAAUCCUUAAAUCGUCCCUUACCAUCAAUGACUCCUCAGCUUCACAUCCAGAUCAGAGCUGUAUCUCCUCAUGCAGCAUCUCAGCCUUCACCUCUUGCACCACCCCCUCCUCCUCCUCCACCUCCACCCCCACCACCACCACCACCACCCCCACCGCUUCCCACUCAAUCCAAGAGUCCUUCUGUGUCUACACCGAUAUUGUUUGCUAAAUAUAGCACCAUCACCAGACUACAGAAUGCUGCCCAGUACCCAGGACCUACAUUCAAAUUACCUGUCACAAGUCAAUCUGCCCAGCAUGUUCAGCAGUGCCCAAAGCCUCAUGUGAUUGUUACCCCCAAUGGGGCAAUUCCUCCACCACCACCUCCUCCACCCCCACCACCUCCUCCACCCCCAGGAUCAGCAAUGGCAAUGCUUAAACCUGCACCAUGUACACCUUCCAUGCCACAAUUUACACCUCCACCCCCUCCUCUCAAAAUUCAUCAAGUACAGCAAAAUAAUAUUGUCCAUACAGCUCAGCCUCCUCCACCUCCUCCUUUGCCACCUCCUCCGCCUCCGCCUCCACCCCCACCACCACCUCCUUCUUUCCAGGCUCCCACUAAACAGUUUGUGCCUAUCUCUAAAAAAGCAGCACAUGUAGCUACCCCAUCAGCAUCUGUACCCUCUGGUCCUCCAACUGCACCAAAAAAACAGCUUCAUUUUACAGUUUCACAAACUCAACAGCAUUCUAUGGCUGCUAUGGCUCAAUGUGCUCCUGUUCCACCUCCAACAUUACCCAAACAGCAAAGUUACACAGCCAAGCCUCCAUCUUCCCCACAGUCUCCCAUGCCCUCAGUUAAGCUGAUUGCUAGUCAGUUCCCACCGCCUCCACCACUGUCAGAUCCCCAGCCUACCAAGCCAGGCACUCCUGUCUCUGUUCCACAGUCUCCUCCAGCUGUCAAAGCAAAACCAAAAUGGCAGCCUUUUUCUGUCCCAUCUCCUGAGUUUCCCCCUCCACCUCCUGAGAGCAGCCUAGCACUUCUUCCUCCACCACCACCGCCACCACCACCGCCUCCUGCUUCUUCUCCUGUUCCUCCACUUUCUCCCACACCAGAAAAGACAGGUUCGCCUGUUAAAAAGUCAAGUAAGACAUCCAGUCCUGGCGGGAAAAAACCUCCACCCACUCCGCAACGCAAUUCUAGCAUUAAAUCCAACAGUUCUGCUGAGUACCAUGAAUCCAAGAAGUCCUCUGUGGAUAGUCUAGUUAGCAAAUUUUCAGAGUCACCUGGAUCACCGUCAAAGGACUCGGCAGCUCCACCAGCAGCUCCACCAAAGCCAGUUAAACUUAAUCUUUCGGGUGUAAACCUACCCAUGGUUUUCCAGCAAGGAAACCUGCCCAGUCAAAUGCCUGGGGCAUUUCCCUCUGCAAAAGAAUCCACUGAGUUUCCUUCUCCACCUUCUGAUACUGAAUCUGAAUUCCCACCUCCACCAGCAGACCUUGAGCUUCUGCCUCCACCCCCAGCAGACGGUCCACCAGUUUUGUUUUCUGGGAGUACCUCUCCAAAGGUGGCUGUGGUGAAUCCACAACCUCAGACAUGGUCAAAAUCAUCUGUAAAAAAAGCACCACCACCCACCAGGCCAAAAAGGAAUGACAGCAUGCGUCUGAUGCAGACAGAAAUGACAGACUCUCCUUCCCCAGUUAGCACUCAAGUACCACCAACAUCACCUAAGCCCAGCCUCAGUGUACAGCCUGGCUUCCUUGCUGACUUGAACAAGACCCUGCAAAGAAAGUCUAUCACAAGGCACAGCUCACUGUCCUCUGCUCGAUUGUCCAGGCCUGAGCCUACUGCCACAAUGGAUGAUAUGGUAUUGCCUCCUCCACCCCCAGAACUCCUUGGCGACCAUCAGAAAGCUAACUGCUAUGGAGGCAGCCAUUUAUCUGGCUAUGCAACAUUACGAAGGGGGCCUCCUCCAGCCCCCCCUAAAAGGGACCAGAACACCAAGCUUUCUGGAGAUUGGUAACCUACCAGUAAUAAACUCUUUUUGAUUGGUUCUACAAAUGGCCAGCUGGUGUGCCAUGAACUUUGAAUCCUUUGUAUGAUACUCACACAAAGUGGUCUCCAGAUAAAACUUAACUUGCACCUCCUUUACCCUCAUGUUUCAUAAAUGCAGCUCAAAAUCAAGUCCCCAAAUUGGAGAGGACCAAACAUGAUUCAUACUCUGCGUUUAAAGACACAUUUUUGUAGUGUAUGUUGGUGUGCAGUGUGUCUCUGCAUGUUUUCCUACAAUAGGCAUAUAAUUCUGUCAUUAAUACAACGGCUGUACAAUAAACGAUAACAAGAAUGUUUUGUUUCACCACAUCUUUCCACUAAAAGGCUACAUUAAACUAGAUGCAUAAAUCGUGCCGUAGCUCAAAAAUCUUCUUUUAUUCAUACAGUCUGGUUUUUGGUUUGCUGCAUAUGGACCAGUUCUUUAGCAGUGAUUCAUUGGGUAGGUUUUAUAGAACUCACGUUUGGAUAAUACCAGAUCAGAUUACGAACCUUGGUAAAGGUUUAAUUUUCUCUAAAGACCUUGGUAUUCCCAACUCUUCAAAUUUAGAAUAUGAGGUGAAUAGCUGUGUUUAAGUGGUUUGGUAUAUCGUCCCAUGACAUUACAACACUAAAUGUAGCCAAAGAGCAGAGCUAUCUUUUAACUACAUCUGCCUAAUGUCCAAUACUGUACAUUGACUGUAAGGGGAAGUCCAGUUUAAGCAAUCACAAGAAAACUUUAUUAUAUUAAUGCUGCUGUAGUAAAAAUAAGGAAUGCUUUUCCAUUAUUGUGCAUAGGACAAUUUUAAGAAGAUUUAGACAUCGUGGCAAUGCCUACAAAUGUUCUAAUCUUGUCAUCAUUGAUCUGCGCACUUCUAACACAUUAAACAUCGGGACUAACUAAUAAACUAUUAUUGUGUCAUUUUA